CUAUAAUGAUAGUUGUUCCGUUGCGAUCUUCAUACAGCUGCGGUGUUGCCGAUACUACAGAGCGUUUUUUGUUUUUUAGGUAGAGUUUUGUAUUAUGUUUAAAGUUUCCGGAAUACUUUUAUACCUGAUAAGUGCAAGUUUAGGAAAUCACGUUCUGAUAACGCAAAUAAAGAAUGAUAUCGAGAUCCCCAUAAGGUCCUCCUUAGUUACUGCGUCAAUGGGUGAUAAGGUAUCAUUGCAUUGCAAACUCAUUGGUAACGACACAACAAAAAACUUAGGCGUGCAAUGGAUUGCAAACCCCUCGUUCAAUUUGAAGUUUGCCGAACACGAUUUUUCAACGAUAGUUUUAUAUCCACUGAUGCCAAACAAUGCGGGCACUUACACAUGCGUCAGUAAAAACCGAAAGUCAUCCGCUGUUGUCGAUUUAUUCGUUAUACCCGGGCGGACUGAUUAUCAGAAAGAAAUUCGGGAAAUGGAGGCUAGACUGGCACAAGUACACAACACUAACUUUGAUCGGUUUGCGAACAUGAUGGAAACCAAAACUCUUCCCCCAAUGGAGUUCAAUUUUCUGAAAGAGCGCAAACUUAUUACUUCCUCAACGUACACAACUUUCAAGCAAUUAGUCUACAUCGUUCCCGUUACGAUAUUGCUGAUACUAUCGCUAGUACGUUUUUGCUAUUAUCUGGGUAACCGGAGUCAAAUACCUUGGCAGCAGUUGAACACGCCCAUCACAAGUUGCGAGCAUCAAAUCUGCGCCUAUCGGCGGCGUACGAAUCCUGCCGCCCCGUGCAUUUUAAGUAGGACCAAUCGGGGACUGUCGGUUUUAAUCAUUCAAAGAGCGGCGAGUAGCACUUCGGACAGUGCGACAAAUUUGGUAACGGAGGAGGACGCUCCGCCCGCUUACAACGACGUGAACGCCGAUUCACCGCCUACUUACACCGAAGCGGUGGAAACUAUGGACGGUGCCUUACCUUGUGCGACGCCAAAUUCGAAUGCUUCCAUUUAAUUGACCAGUGAUAGCUUUCCAGGCAAUGGUCCAUUGUGAUUUAUUAAUGUAGUUAGCAAUUAACGGAGAAGACUUAUUUUUGUUACACCGUUUUGGUUACGAAUUUUGUGUAAAAUUUUUACAAAAUAAAGUUUUUAGUUUUUUUGAA